AGCCUUUUGGACUUGUCCUCAUCAACAUCUGCGGACUGCGGUUCAUUUCAUUUGAUCACUCUCUCUCUCUGACUCUCUGUGUAUUCAAAAACCCUAAACCCAAAUCUCCAUCUCUUUCUCUUUGGUUGAAGCGUGAAUUGGGAAUUGGGAAUUGGGGGAUGGAGUUGGAGGUGAGGUUGGUUGGGGGAAUAGAGAAUUGCUUCGUAUCGCUCCCUUUUCCUCUUGUCCAAACUCUCGACUCCUCUUCCGCUCAUCUCCUCACCCUCGAGCUUCGCUCUCGCACCGGCCACCGCUGGUUCGUCGCCUGGUCCGGCGCCACCUCCACUUCCUCCUCCUCCGCAAUUGAGGUCUCCCAACAAUUCGCAGAAUGCAUUGCACUGCCAGAUCGUACCGCAGUUCAAGUUCGAGCCAUUUCCAAUGUGGCAAAGGCUACUCUAGUUACUAUAGAACCCCAUAGUGAGGAUGAUUGGGAAGUUUUGGAACUUAACUCUGAGCAUGCAGAGGCAGCUAUAUUGAACCAGGUCAGGAUCGUCCAUGAAGCAAUGAAAUUUCCUUUGUGGUUGCAUGGUCGCACUGUCACUACAGUCCGUGUGGUUUCAACCUUUCCCAAGAAAGGGGUGGUGCAACUUGUGGCAGGAACUGAAGUUGCAGUUGCUCCUAAGAGACGCAAGAAAAAUGGGAAUGCACAUGAAGGUCCUUACAUGCAAUCUUCUAUUAAAGAACAUCAUUUUGCAAGGGCACUAUUGCGCAUUCAAGAUCCAGACAGGAGAUUUAUUCACAAAAGUUAUGUUAAUGGUGUUGAGCUUGGUGUAGUGCUCACUUCUGUUGCUUUUAUUCACCCAGAAACUGCUCAAAGCUUCUCAUUAGAUUCUCUUCAGUUUGUUGUUAUAAUUCCAAGAUCAUCAUCAGAAGAAAGCUCAAAAAAUUCUGAUAAUGAUUCCUUUAGAAAAAGAAGCAGUUCACCUCCAGCGAACAGUGGAAAUUUAACUGAAAAGAAGAAAAUCCGUCAAGCAGUUGUUCAUCUUUUAAUUUCAGAAUCGGUGGCUAAAGGACAUGUAAUGUUUGCAAAGUCUCUUCGUUUGUAUUUGGGAGUUGGAUUGCAUUCAUGGGUUCACCUAAAGGGAUGUGAUGUUAAUUUGAAGAAGGAUAUCCCAUCUCUUUCACUUUCUCCUUGCCAAUUUAAGAAGCUCAGGAAGAAUAAAACUCUCGAGGAAAAUGGUCUAGAAGUGCUUGACAGCCAACACAGUCGCGAGGUAAAAAACAUGCUUCUGAAAACUAGCUCAGGCAACAAUGUGGAUCAUGUAGAUUGGUCAACCCAUGAUGAAGUUAUUGCUGCUCUUUCAUAUGAAUCUUCUUGUGAAGAGGAUGGGGAGGCUGCUUGUCAGUCCAACGGUGGAAAGGGAUUACAAGCACUUCUUCGGGCAUGGUUUCUUGCACAAGUCGAUGCCAUUGCUUCAAAUAAAGGAUCAGAAGUUAGUUCAUUGCUUUUGGGAAAUGAAACUUUGCUUCAAUAUGAGUUGAAAUGUUUCAAGCAGGGGAUUCAUGGAAUGGUACUGGCUUCAUCCAAUGGUUCUUUGGAAGAUGGAAAUAAGACUACCGACCUGCUCAUCGAUGUAUCGUAUUUAUUGAUUAUUUCUGAUGAAUCUCUUCAAGGUGGAAGAGUUAAUGCAUAUGAGAUUGCUUUUGAUCAAAGGAACAAUAGUUUGGAGGGUGCCCUUCAAAAUCUGAAUUUGAGGAACCCCGUCUCCGUCUAUUCUGUCCAAAAGAGAACCUCUGACAAAGACAUUAGUUCAGAUCUAUCUUCCUUGAGCUGGAUGGGGACAGCUGCAUCUGAUGUUAUUAAUAGGAUGGUGGUGUUGUUAUCCCCCUCUUCUGGGAUGUGGUUCAGUUCUUAUGAUCUUCCUCUCCCUGGACAUGUUCUAAUAUAUGGACCUACAGGUUCUGGAAAGACAUUAUUAGCAAGAGCUGUUGCAAAAUCCCUGGAAGAUCAUGAAGACCUUUUAGCACACAUUGUUUUUGUAUGUUGCUCUCGUCUUGCUUUAGAAAAGGCCUCGACCAUUCGACAAGAACUUUCCAGCCACAUCUCUGAUGCUUUAGAUCAUGCACCAUCAAUUAUCAUCUUUGAUGAUCUUGACAGCAUCAUUUCUUCUUCUUCUAAUUUGGAAGGAUCUCAACCGUCAACCUCUGUUCUUGCAUUAAUGGAAUUUCUAACGGACAUUAUGGAUGAAUACGGGGAAAAGAGGAAGAGCUCAUGUGGAAUUGGUCCUAUUGCCUUCAUAGCAUCUGUCAAGUCACUAGAGAAUAUACCGCAAUCAUUGAGCUCUUCAGGAAGGUUUGACUUCCAUGUUCAACUUCCUGCUCCUGCUGCCUCAGAACGCGGGGCUAUAUUGAAGCAUGAAAUUCAGAAGCGUUCCUUACAAUGUUCUGAUGACAUCUUGUUAGACGUAGCUUCCAAAUGUGAUGGCUAUGAUGCAUAUGAUCUGGAAAUACUGGUUGAUAGAUCUGUUCAUGCUGCCAUUGGUCGGUUUUUGCCUCCCCAUUCUGUGUUUGACAAGGAUGAAAAGCCUAGGUUAGUCAGGGAAGAUUUUUCCCAGGCAAUGCGUGAAUUCCUUCCAGUUGCCAUGCGCGACAUGACAAAAUCCGCUUCCGAAGUUGGACGCUCUGGGUGGGAUGAUGUUGGUGGUCUGAUUGACAUUCAGAACACUAUUAAAGAGAUAAUUGAAUUGCCUUCAAAGUUCCCAAAUACCUUUUCACAAGCUCCUUUAAGGUUGCGGUCAAAUGUUCUCUUAUAUGGGCCUCCUGGUUGUGGCAAGACACAUAUAGUGGGUGCUGCUGCUGCUGCUUGUUCCUUACGAUUUAUAUCAGUGAAAGGGCCUGAGCUGCUAAAUAAAUAUAUUGGUGCUUCUGAGCAAGCUGUUCGAGAUAUUUUCUCCAAAGCAAAUGCAGCCGCUCCAUGCCUUCUCUUUUUUGAUGAAUUUGAUUCUAUUGCCCCAAAAAGAGGGCAUGACAAUACUGGAGUAACUGAUCGUGUUGUUAAUCAGUUUCUGACUGAAUUAGAUGGCAUUGAAGUACUGACUGGUGUAUUUGUGUUUGCUGCUACAAGUAGACCAGAUUUACUUGACGCUGCUUUGUUGAGACCUGGUAGGCUAGAUCGGCUUUUAUUCUGUGAUUUUCCAUCUCAACAGGAGAGGUUGGAUAUUCUUACAGUACUUUCUAGAAAGCUGCCAUUGGAAAAUGACGUUGAAUUAGAUGCCAUAGCUCAUAUGACCGACGGAUUUAGUGGGGCUGACCUUCAAGCUCUGCUUUCAGAUGCACAGCUUGCAGCAGUUCAUGACCUUCUGGACAGUGCAGAUACCAGUGAGCCAAACAAAAAGCCAGUAAUAACCGAUAGUCUUUUGAAGUCUACUGCCAAUAAGGCAAGACCCUCUGUUUCGGAAACUGAGAAGCAGAGACUAUAUAACAUUUACAAAGAGUUUCUGGAUUCAAAAAGAUCUGUUGCUGCACAGUCAAGAGAUGCCAAAGGAAAGAGAGCAACCCUAGCAUGAAAAACAAGAAAGGUCUUCUAACCAGGGAAAGUGGAAUGUGCUAUAUGGUGUAUUAAACACCUCAAAGAAGGUAACCGAAUCUCUAUAUCUAGGUGAUAAUGGCAAGCCAUGUCAAAUUUAUGACCUAAUCAGAGAGUCGUUCAGGCAGGUGUACAUUGCUCCACAAAUUUCACAACAAUGGCGUCAAUCAAAACAGGUGGAUAUACGUUGCACCACGAUUUUGAAUUUUUACGAAGUAUAAUACAAAACCAAGACCAAAGGCGGAGGCCUAAAAACGUAGUCAUUGGAUCAAAAACAGGCAAGGGUUAUGCCACAAAGACAAUGUACGUGAUUAAAAAAAAUCAACAUUUUGUUUUAGUUGUAUAUGUCGAAAAGAGAUUCGGGUCCCUUGAUAAAUAUUUGAGGUAACUAUCAGUGAUGCUUUUCAUGUUAGGCACGGGGUGUUAGGCUUAUUAGUUGAUCUUGGUGAAUAUAAAUGAUGCUUUUAAUGGUGGGAAAUAAGGUUGUGACUCUAUUAGUAGUUCUCAAACCGCAUUAAGAUGAUCCAAUUUGUUCUACCUGUUUUGAUCUUAAGAUCUCUUGUAUUUUUUAAAAUCCAAUCCAUCACAAAACCGAAUGGAUUUGAACAUUCAACCAAUAUAUGUAAUCUAAAAGGUCAUGAUUAUUCA